AUGGUAGCAAAGUGGGCGGGGGAAGGUUUAUCAAUAGAUGUCGCGGCUAUUGCACGUGACUUUUGGUGGGUUGUUAAGGCGCCAUAUUUCUUUUGUGAACCAAUCAUGGAGUCGUGUACUGGAAGUCCUCCGAAGAAAACGAACUGUAGAAUGCGUAUACUGAAAGAAGAAACAAUUGAUAGUCUUGUCAAGGGACGAGAGAUAGCCGGACAUAUUAAGCAUAUCAUCAAAGACCGACUAGGGUAUGAAUCAUCCCAACUGCAUCUUAUAGAAAAGCAAACUAAUUCUACUUUGAAAUCGUUGAAUGAUAGUGCAUCAAAGUAUGGCCUAUUCGAGAAUUUUAAGGAGAAAUACCAAGCUUACAUGAAAAGUACUGUCAUCCUUCAGCAGGGCAUGGUGUCCAAAUUAGCAGAAGUUAAUGGACCAUAUGAAACAAUGAAAAGAUGGUUAGAUAAUCCUACAACAAAAAGUAGACCAGAAGAAUUGAAAAAACAGUAUUCCAACUUGCUUGAUGACCAUGCAAGCAAAAUAACACUUUUGAAAAAGGAGAAAAAGGCACUGACAAAGGUACGUGAACAGUUGACAUCAUGCCAGAAGAAACUGCAAAAUGUUCAAGCUGCCCUACAGAUAAGUGUAAAUUUGGAUGUAGAUGUAUCAGCCCGUCAGAUCAAAGAGCAGAGAACUCUUAAAGGGUUGGAAAAGGAAUUGAUCAAUCAUCUUGAUAAAAUUCUGAGACAGUGCCAGGCGUUAAUGAUAGAAGAAGCCGAAAGUCGGAAAUUCCUUGAAGAGGGUAUGAUCAGGAUUGCAGGAGAAAUAGAAAAAUUUGAAGAAGAACGAGUGAAAGUUAGCAAUGCUGCCAUGAACAAAUUUGUACAGAUAUUGAACCAACAGGAAACCAACAGAACUGAAAAGACACAGGCAACACUUGACUUGAUGGCAUCAGUAUCACCAAGAUUUAUUGACCUUCCCAAGGUGUCUUUGAAGACAAAAGAUCAUGCCUUUUUCUACAAAUUUCCAAACAUCGCAGAACAGCUGAGAGAAAUGGGACUUUCAGAGACAGCUACUGCGCCAGAACCUGUAUACAGACAGAUGUUCGGAUCUCCCAAUACUGAUUCUACAACUUCCUCUCCUCAAGAAUCUUCGUCAAUACAAUCUUCUUUUUCCAAAGGUUCAAAUGAUGGUGAACAUUCCAAUGACAAGGUCAAAAACCUUUCCAAAACUAAAACAACAGAUGAAAACAUCAACAAAACAUCUAGACAGAUGACUCAUGAAAGAAUGGAACAAACAAAAAAUCCCAAGAAAGUGAGAAAAACCGUCAAAAAGGAGGAAAUGUCUACAGUGCAGGAACUCAGUAUAACAAUAUCCCCUCAACCUGUUGACGAGGAAACACCAGUAAGGAAGUUUUCUAUGCCCUCCCAGGAUUCAGAUGAAGAAGAUGAUGCUCCACCACCUCAUGUCUGUAGACAAGGAUGGGUAAGCAGUGAGGAAGAGCAAGUCUCUGUAAACAAGAUGGAGCAGGACAUUUCUCAGAGGGACGUGGCCCAAUACCCUUACCAUGGUGUACCCCUAGAACAAUGUCGUCUACUUAAAGCUCUUGUGACACACAGUUCUUCAGAUAACACCAGCCUCAGCUUUGAAAAAGGACAGAAAUUGGUGCAGACCCACAAAGCUACAGAGGAAGGCAUUGCCUACGGUUACACAGGCAAACACAGCUACAGCAAGGUCAAGUAUGGCUACUUCAGUCUCAGGCAGAUGAAGACAUGGAAACCAACCACAAAGAAUAUCAUUAAGAAUUUAUUUACAUAA